AAUACAUAGAAACUAGGAAAGUAAAGUGAGUAAAAUUUCAUAAAAAUCUUUUUAUUCUUUUAAAAAUUAAAAAAGAAAAUUUUCUAAAACCUUGCGUUAACAUGCCAAUACAAUACCCACCAGCCAGAGCAGCUGGAAUGGCAAAAUUUGUGUGAAAUAAUUGUAAAAGAUAUAAAAUAUAAUACCAGUGCUGGUUUCUUCUACUCCCCUACGCCAACAAGAAAAUAAAUAAUAAAGAGAAGAAAUAAAAUAUUAAUAAUUUAUAUCUACACACUCCUCUGAAUUGCCAUAGCACAAAUAUUAUUGCACAAAAAAAUAACAAGUAAAACUAACAACAAGAACAAUACCAAAUUAAUCUAAAAUAAAAAGGGGGCAGAUUUAAAAGAAAAGAAACUACUUUCCAUUACAUAUAGCAAAAAUACUAAACUACAAAAAUAAACAACAAAACGAGAGAGAGAGAUAAAGUGAAAGAGAGCUAGAAUAUUUUUAAGUAAAAACUAAAAAAAACAAACUUUUAACACAUACACUAAAAAAAACUGGAUAAAAUAUAAACGACAUUAUAUAGCAACUCUGGCUUUCGUAGAGACAAUUUAAGGAACUUUAACAAGUUAGAGCUUAUUUAGACUGGCUCAAAACGAAGAAAACGGGGGCGCUGAGUCUCCCGACGGUACCCAAGAAGGACGCGAAGCGUGUUGGUGGAUACCCUGGUCUGCAAUGGGUUGCUUUGGCUCACCAAGCUCUAAGCAAUCUGAUAUAAAUUCUGAAGAUACAAGAAGUCAGAAGCGUCGUAGUGAUGCCAUUUCCAAACAAUUACAAAAGGAUAAACAGCUCUAUCGGGCUACCCAUCGGUUGUUGUUGCUAGGAGCUGGUGAAUCCGGCAAAUCAACCAUAGUCAAGCAAAUGCGUAUUUUACACGUUGAUGGCUUUUCAGAGCAAGAGAAAAAACAAAAAAUUGAUGACAUUAAGAAGAACAUUCGUGAUGCAAUUUUGACUAUUACUGGUGCCAUGAGCACAUUAAAUCCACCUAUACCAUUGGAAAAGAAAGAAAACGAAGCCAGAGUUGAAUAUAUACAGGACUAUGCUUCAAGUCCAGAUUUCAACUAUCCGCCAGAAUUUUAUGAGCAUACAGAGGAGUUGUGGAAAGAUAAGGGUGUUUUGGCAACUUAUGAAAGAUCAAAUGAAUAUCAAUUAAUCGAUUGUGCAAAGUACUUCUUGGACCGUGUGAGCAUAAUUAAACAACCCAACUAUACACCGAACGAGCAAGACAUAUUGCGGUGUCGGGUUUUAACUUCUGGUAUUUUUGAAACAAGAUUUCAAGUUGACAAAGUCAAUUUUCAUAUGUUUGAUGUGGGAGGCCAACGGGAUGAACGUCGAAAGUGGAUACAAUGCUUUAAUGACGUUACUGCAAUUAUAUUUGUGACAGCAUGUUCUAGCUAUAACAUGGUUUUACGAGAAGAUCCAACACAAAAUCGUUUGCGUGAAUCCUUGGAACUAUUUAAAAGCAUUUGGAACAAUAGAUGGUUACGUACAAUAUCUGUAAUUCUAUUUCUCAACAAACAAGAUUUGUUAGCUGAGAAAAUAAAAGCUGGUAAAAGCAAACUUUCGGAUUAUUUUGCCGAAUUUAAUAAAUAUCAAACACCAAGUGAUGCAAUAAUCGAGUCUGGAGAUGAUCCUGAAGUCAUAAGAGCUAAGUAUUUCAUACGUGAUGAGUUUUUGCGUAUUUCUACUGCAAGUGGUGAUGGCAAACACUAUUGCUAUCCACAUUUCACAUGUGCUGUAGAUACUGAGAAUAUCAAGAGAGUAUUCAAUGAUUGUCGAGAUAUAAUUCAAAGAAUGCACCUUCGUCAGUAUGAAUUGUUAUAGGUUUAUUCUACAAAAAAUCACUUAAUAAAAAUAAUGUGCAAAUAAUACAACUAAUCAA